GGAAACCCCACCUCUGCACCGAGGCGAAGCUCCAUAGAAAACGACGCCGCCCGAGCGGCCACAGCGCAGCCCGCCGCCUCAAAACCUCAGACACAAGCUGCUCCGUUCCCUCCACAUUAAUCCUCCCCCCACGCCCUCCCUCCUUCCUCUUCCCCAUCGGUCUCGCCGCCAUUCCCCCUGGCCUGCUGCUGCUGCUGUUCCCCAAAUCCAACCCUUCGGUUCCACCGCCCGCCCGAGCUCCCGAUCCGGCCUUCCGCGCCGUCGCGGUCGCCUUGCGCGCAGCAAGGAGCAAGCCAUGGACGAGGUCCCUGCGGCCGCCGGCGUCCUCGACUUCCGACCCGGUUCUUCUCCCCCAGGCGACUCCACCGCUCCCCGCCGCGCCGCGGAGUGCUCACCUGACACCGGCUGUGCAGAGGAGGCGCCGGGUGUUCCGGGUUUCGAAGACAAAGGCGCCGUUGCAGCGGAGUUGACGGGGUCAAAUUCGACCGGUUCCGGGAGCCAGGCUGUGAGUGGUGAUACGUCCGGAGGCCCUGCCGUCGGUGAUGCCGAAGACGUGGAGGUUUUGUGCUCAGAGAAUGGCGCCGAGCUCGAAUUGGCGGAACCUGGUGUUUUGGAUGUCAGAUUAGGGGAUCCAGUGGUGGGACGCCAUGGCCGGAAGUCGGAUGGUACUGGUUUUGGCUCUGAUGAAGCUGGUGAAGUGGAUGGGAUUUCACUGGUUGAGGUGUCCCCAUCAGAUGCCAGUUCAAGUUUUGAUGGCACUAGGUCGAUUGGUGGUUACUCUCUCGUGGAGGGGUCUGUGCCUGAGGCCAGUGGCGCCCAAGGAUGUGAACAAGAGGUGCAGGAAGUACCCACAGGGACCCCUAUGGCUGUGGGGUUCCCCAAUGGGAAUUUGAGUUCUGGACUUGUAGUUCGGCCGAAUGAUGCUGUGGAUGGUAGAAAUGGCCUUGCCGGAGGGGAAUUGGAAUUGCCUGUUGAUGGUGAUGAUGCCCAGGAGUCCACAGAGAUGGCUGGUAUCUUGUGCAAUGAAAGAGUGGAGGGAAUAGAGACGAAUUUUGGGGAACGUGAGGCCUCAAAUGGUUCUACUGUGUGUGACGGAGUGGACAGGAUGGAGAUGAGUUUGGAUGACUCUGAGGCUUCGGACGGCUCAACCACACAGGAUUCUGAUACUGACGUCGAGACAGAGUCGAGUGGUUCUAGUAUAGAGGAACAAGAUGCAGGAUACGGAGCCCAUAUCCCUCAAUUGGAUCAAGCAAUCUGCAAGGUGAACAGAGAAAACAACACGUCAGGAGUGAAGAACUCUGAGAGGAUGACUUCAGUAUCGGAAUCAACACUUGUGCUGGCUUCAGGUGCAGCAAUGUUACCACAUCCUUCAAAGGUAUCGACAGGUGGUGAAGAUGCAUAUUUUAUAGCUAGUGACGGCUGGUUCGGCGUGGCAGAUGGAGUUGGUCAGUGGUCAUUUGAAGGGAUCAAUGCUGGACUUUAUGCGAGAGAACUUAUGGAUGGUUGCAAAAAGAUUGUAAUAGAGACUCAAGGAGCUCCAGGGAUGAGAACUGAGGAAGUUCUUGCAAAGGCUGCAGAUGAAGCACGGUCCCCUGGUUCUUCCACUGUUUUAGUUGCUCACUUUGAUGGACAGGUCCUUCAUGCAUCGAAUAUUGGAGAUUCUGGCUUCCUUGUGAUAAGGAAUGGAGAGGUCUACAAAAAAUCAAACCCGAUGACUUAUGGUUUCAAUUUCCCGUUGCAAAUUGAAAAGGGUGAUGACCCUUUAAAACUUGUACAGAAAUACACGAUCGAUCUGGGAGAAGGUGAUGUCAUUGUAACAGCAACAGAUGGUCUCUUCGACAAUGUCUACGAGGAAGAAGUAGCUGGCAUUGUCGCCAAAUCAUUACAAGCCGAUCUCAAGCCCACGGAGAUUGCUGAGAUCCUGGUUGCUAGAGCAAAGGAAGUGGGGCGGUGUGGAUUUGGAAGUAGCCCAUUUUCGGACGCAGCCCUUGCAGCUGGGUACUUGGGUUACUCCGGGGGCAAGCUGGAUGAUGUAACGGUCGUUGUAUCUAUUGUUCGGAAAUCUGAAGUUUAAACUAUAAACAAGCACUCAAAGUUCAGUGCAGCUCCGUGUUUUUGCUACAGCUGCACUCGCUGGCUAAUGCCCAUGAGCAUUUUGUGCGUCAUGAGCACAGCCCUGGCUUACGUUAAGCCAAACGUGUAUACAGUUAUAUACAUACUACUAAGGUUGUAUCCGUAUCU